AUGGCCAAGAACUUCUUCUAUACACAAUUUCCCUUUGUAGUUCUUUUGAUAAUCUCCCAUAAGGUGUUUGCUCUGCCAACGUUACCUCUUUACACAAAUUCAAGAUGGAUUGUAGACGAAGAUGGGAAAAGAGUGAAGUUAGCUUGUGUGAAUUGGGCUGGACACCUUCCACCAUUGCUGGCCGAAGGUCUCAGCAAGCAACCUUUGGAUACAAUAUCAAAGAAGAUUGUAUCCUUGGGUUUCAAUUGUGUUAGGCUUACAUGGCCAACUUUCAUGGUUACAAAUGAUACCUUAUCUUCUAUGACUGUUCAUGACUCUUUCCAGAGCUUCAACCUUCUUGAAUCCAUUGCUGGCCUGCAAGUUAAUAAUCCAUCCUUGUUUAACAUUACCAUUGUUCAAGCUCUCCAGGAAGUGGUUAAGAACCUUGGGGAGAACAAUGUGAUGGUGAUAUUAGACAACCAUGUAAGCAAACCUAUGUGGUGUUGCAAUAGAUAUGAUGGCAAUGGCUUCUUUGGUGAUCGUUACUUCAAUCCCCGGAUCUGGCUUGACGGGUUAAACAAAAUUGCAACAAUAUUUAAUGGUGUUAACAAUGUCAUUGGCAUGAGCCUAAGGAAUGAGUUGCGAGGACCUAGGAGGAAUGACAGCGUUUGGUACAACUUCAUGCAAAAAGGAGCAGAAGUAGUGCAUGAUGCAAACCCUAAUGUUCUUGUUAUUCUCUCGGGUCAUGACUUUGAUAAAAACUUGGGAAUGCUUAAGAAUCAACCGGUGCAUGUAUCAUUCAAGGAGAAGCUUGUAUUUGAGGUUCAUUGGUAUAGUUUUGCUACUACUGAUGGUUGGAGGAAUGGCAACCCCAAUGAUGUAUGUGCAAGUCAAGUACAGUUUUUAAGGGAUCAUGCAUUCUUUCUGUUGGAUCAAGGAUAUCCAUUGUUUAUGAGUGAGUGGGGUGUAUAUCUAGGAGGAAAUGAUGUAGCUGACAACAGAUACUCAAGUUGUGCUUUCGCUCUUGCAGCUGAAUUAGACUUAGAUUGGGCCUUGUGGGCACUUAUGGGAAGUUAUUACUAUAGAGAAAAUAUUUUUGCAAGGAAUGAAGGUUAUGGAGUUUUGAAUUGGGACUGGUCAGAGGUUCGAAACCCGAGCUUCAUGGAGAGGCUUUCUGCUAUACAAUACUCUUUUCGAGGACCGGGUCUUUCUGAUCAAGAACAAUAUGAUGUAAUUUACCAUCCAUUAACGGGAUUGUGCAUCCCUAAGAGUCCAGAUGCACCACCAGUAUAUCCUGUUAAGUUAGGUUCUUGUGUUCAAUCUGAAGCUUGGACCUAUACACCUGAAAAGAAUCUGCAAAUUAAAGAUGCAUACUAUUGCUUACAAGCUGAUGGAGAAGGUAAACCUGUCAAGUUUGGAACUGAUACUGACUGCAAAAGCCCGAAUGCGAAAUGGGAGAGAAUAAGCAGCUCCAAGUUUCAUUUCUCAACAAUGGUUGGCAAUACUACCUUGUGCUUGGAUAUAGACUCUAACAACACCAUUGUCACAAAUCAAUGUAAAUGCUUGACUGGUUCAUGUGAACCUGCAAGUCAAUGGUUCCAUAUCAUCCCUAGUACCAUACGUUAUGAUUCCUAA